AUGGCUUCAAGCUCUGCAACUCCUCUCCUUCUCUUAUGCCUCAUCUCCAUCUCCUUCGGAACAACUUGCCAUUCAUUCACCACUGAACAAUUCGUCCAAUGCCUCCAAAGCAAAACCUUACCAAAUAACAUCUCCGAACUACUCUACUUCCCAAACACCACUUCCUACUCCACCGUUCUCCUCUCCUCCAUUUCAAACAUCAGAGUUCGGAGUGGUGGCCAUGAUUUGGAAGGACUCUCUUACCGAACUGUGGACAACCAAUCUUUCAUGAUUCUAGACCUCACCGACUACCGAAAAGUGACCGUUGAUGUAGAGCAUCGCACGGCGUUGCCAACCAAAGCACAACACUUGGAUUCCCCGGCUGGCACUUGCCCCACUGUUGGCGUCGGCGGUCAGAUAGGUGCCGGUGGCGUUGGAACUCUUGUCAGGAAGUACGGACUCGCCGCUGACAAUGUCUUGGAUGUAAGACUUGUGGACGUGCAUGGCCGGAUAUUGGACAAAGAUUCCAUGGGAGAGGAUCUCUUCUGGGCUGUGAGAGGUGGUGGAGCUGUGAGCUUUUGUGUUGUUCUUUUAUGGAAGUUGAGGUUAGUUCCAGUCCCUCAAACUGUUACCUUGUUCAAUGUCCGCAAGUCAUUACAGGAUGGUGCAAUAGAUAUCAUUGACAAGUGGCAGCACGUCGCUUACAAUCUCCCAGAGGAAUUGUUCAUUGAGACUGUGAUGCAAACUCUAAUGAACGGUACCAAAGGAGCAGAAGUUUUCUUCAAUGGGCUGUAUUUAGGGAAGUCCAAUGAGGCUCUGCAGGUGAUGAACAAUAGGUUUCCUGAGUUGGGAGUGAAAGCGAGUGAUUUGAAUGAGAUGAGUUGGAUUCAGUCAGUCUUGUCCUUUGCCCUUUAUCCUAGUGAUUCCUCUAUUGAAAUCCUUCUCGAUAGGAGCCUCCAACAAAAGGCUAAUUUUAAGGCUAAGUCUGACUAUGCAGUGAAUCUUCUUCCAAAAGAUGCAUUGAACAUCUUGUGGAAUAGUUUACUGCAAGUUGACAGAGCAGCCAUUUAUUUUGAACCAUAUGGCGGGAAGAUGGCUGAGAUUCCGGAGUUCCAGACACCAUUUCCUCAUAGGAAGGGGAGUCUAUUCAACAUCCUUUAUCUUGUGGCAUGGGCUGAUGAGGCUGAGGCUGAAGAAAACUUGAACUGGGUUAGAAAUUUAUACAAUCAAAUGACACCUUACGUCUCAAAGAUUCCCAGGGGUGCAUACUUGAACUAUAGAGAUUUGGAUUUAGGGAUGAAUGAAGGGAGAAACACAAGCUAUUUCAUGGCUGAGGUGUGGGGUCACAAGUACUUCAAGAGUAACUUCUUAAGGUUGGCUCUUGUCAAGGGUCAAGUUGAUCCUCAUAAUUUCUUCUACUAUGAACAAAGCAUUCCUCCUCUUUUGCAUGCUUAG